AUGAAGCUUAAGAAAUUCUUAUUGAGGUAUUAUCCUCCCGGAAUUAUCCUUGAAUACAUUCGAUCGAAUGGCCAAGGAGAAAGCAAAUAUAUCGACCUGCUGAAUUUAACCCCACAAACUGAUGUAGAUGCAUUAGUUGACCAAAUCCUUCUUGAAGAGCCUGCAAUUUCCCAAUCUAGAAAACCUCAGCUAAGGAAGCUGAUAAUAAAGCUAAUGGAAAAAUUGCAAACGAACAAAAGCCAGCGUUUCGAGCUUUUUAAAACUCUAAAAGCUCACAUUCUUCCUCUAACAAAUUGUGCAUUCAAUAAAUCCGGUGACAAAUUCAUAACAGGCUCAUAUGAUAGAACUUGCAAAGUCUGGGACACUACAACAGGUCAAGAGCUUCAUAGUUUAGAAGGCCACAAAAACGUUGUAUAUGCAAUAGCUUUCAAUAAUCCUUAUGGAGAUCGAGUGGCAACUGGAUCUUUUGACAGGACUGCCAAGCUAUGAGACACAAAUACAGGAGAAUGCUUAUAUACGCUGAGAGGCCACCAAAAGGAAAUCGUUUGCCUUAACUUCGAUACGAAUGGAUUUUUAUUUGCCACUGGGUCUAUGGACCAAACAGCUUCUGUUUGGGAUGUAGAAACUGGGCAGCAAGUCUGCUCAUUUGCAGGACACACUGGAGAAAUCGUGAGUAUUAUGUUUAAUACUGAUGGAGACAAAGUGCUUACUGGGUCUUUCGAUUUCUCUUCGAGAAUUUGGGACACAAGAACUGGACUAUGCAUUAGAGUCCUUGAAGGUCAUGCAGGAGAAAUUUCUAAUGCACAGUUUGAUUUUUCUGGAGAUUUUGUAGCAUCUGGGUCUAUUGAUCAUACAUGCAAAUUGUGGGAUGUGGGAAGUGGAAAAUGCAUCGAAACCCUUAGAGGUCAUACAAAUGAGGUGCUAGAUGUGGCGUUUAAUUCAACCGGAACAAAGCUUAUAACUGCAUCAGCUGACACCUAUGCGAGAGUGUAUAAUGUAUUGACAAACGCAUGUGUAGGAAUCUUAGUUGGGCAUGAAGGGGAAAUUUCAAAAGUUUCAUUUAACCCACAAGGAACGAAAAUAAUCACAGCAAGUAAUGAUAGGACUUGCAGAAUUUGGGACUCAGAAAGUGGAGAAUGCUUACAAACUCUAGAAGGACACACUGAUGAAAUAUUUUCAUGCGCCUUUAAUUAUGAAGGGGACACUAUUAUAACAGGGUCAAAAGACAAUACGUGCCGGAUCUGGAAGGAUACUGCUUAG